UGUGCAUGUGGGUUGGUGCCCAUCCUGGCUCUUCAGUUUUGUCCUCAGUCCUCCUGUGUUCCAUUUGAGACCUAAAKAUUUUCUUGUGUUAAUAAACUUUGUGUCUUUUGUGACACCCGAGUCCUGCUUCCUGAGUUGCAACCCACCCAGCUAAAUUGCUUUCUAGCAUUUAUCUUGUUUUAACUUUUAGCUAGUAUUUUUGCUGCUUUUACCUAGUUUUUUUUAUUUUAACUUUUGUGUUUUUCUUUUUUUUUUUUGAGCUAGUGUCCUGCUUUGUUUUCAGCUUUGACAAAACGCAGUUUUGACUUCUUCAGAAAAGUUCAGCACUAAGCAUUUACUUCUGUAGCUGUAGAUGAGUUUGGGUUGAUUACAUGUCACAACGGCCUGCCUUAACAAACUAUUGUGUGCUUUUUUUUUUUAUUUUUUUUUAUUUUUUUACCUGGUCGCUUCAGCUCCGACGCUGAUUGGUCCGCUUGGCGCUGUGCCCUGAGGUGACGUCAGGAGGAUCGGCUGCUGGUGCUGGCUGCAGUGGGAGCGCUCGGAGCGAAGGGGACUGACGGACGGAMGCCGAACCUCAACGCACCGAACAUUUUUAGGAAUGGGAAACCAUAUUGUUUCUGACGGUCACAACAAGAUGCCACUGGGACAGGAUUGCCACGCCUGGAAAAAGAAGACCUCAGACGUGAAGGAGAAGUAUGACUUCAAAGAGAUCCUGGGAACGGGAGCUUUCUCAGAGGUGGUCUUGGCCGAGGAGAAGAGGACGCACAGAUUGGUGGCUAUCAAGUGCAUCCCCAAGAAGGCGUUGGAAGGCAAAGAAAACAGCAUUGAGAAUGAGAUAGCAGUCCUGCACAAGAUUAAACACCCCAACAUUGUGUCACUGGAAGAUAUAUUUGAGAGCAAAUCACACCUCUAUCUUGUCAUGCAACUGGUGUCUGGUGGGGAACUCUUUGAUCGUAUCAUAGAGAAGGGCUUCUACACAGAGAAAGAUGCCAGUAAGCUGAUUCAGCAGAUUCUUGAUGCUGUCAAAUACCUCCAUGACCUGGGCAUUGUGCACCGUGACCUCAAGCCAGAGAAUUUACUUUACGACAGCAUCGACGAAGACUCAAAGAUCAUGAUCAGUGACUUCGGUUUGUCUAAAAUUGAGGGCUCUGGCAGUGUGAUGUCAACAGCCUGUGGGACGCCUGGAUAUGUCGCUCCUGAAGUCUUGGCACAGAAACCUUACAGUAAAGCAGUGGACUGCUGGUCUAUUGGUGUCAUUGCGUAUAUUCUUUUGUGUGGAUAUCCUCCUUUCUAUGACGAAAAUGAUGCCAAACUGUUUGAACAGAUCCUGAAAGCAGAAUAUGAGUUUGACUCUCCGUAUUGGGACGACAUCUCGGACUCRGCUAAAGACUUCAUAAUUCACCUGAUGGAAAAAAACCCUGAUGUACGCUACACGUGUGAGCAGGCUCUGCAGCACCCCUGGAUUGCYGGGGAUACUGCAUUGGACAAGAACAUUCACGAGUCUGUCAGUGCUCAGAUUAAGAAAAAUUUUGCAAAAAGCAAGUGGAAGCAAGCGUUCAAUGCUACAGCAGUGAUCCGUCACAUGAGGCGUCUCCAGCUGAGCACUGGCAUCGAGGGGCCCAGCCCCACCCACCUGCUGAUGCCAGAGGAAGAUCCAGAGGCACGCACCCUCCACUGCCACCAAAACAGCAGCGUGUGAUAAGCAACCCGCUUCCUGUACGUAUAGAUCCCCAAAUCACUUUCCAGUUUUAACUUCCUCAGUGGAUCUAGAGGUACCACCAUCUCCUCCUCCUUUAUCUGGCUGGGAAUACUGCGUCAUUCCAACCUUUCGCCUGCAGGGGGAGCAAGACUGUCGAGCCUGGGAGGGAAGGAAGGAAAAAAAAAAGGGUUGAAAAGUAGGUGGACUUGAUAUUAACUGUGAUGAUGCACCAGAGCGGAUUUUUUUCUUUUUUGAAUGAGAUGAAACCAUGGAAGGAGGGGGCCACAACCUCCCCCACUUUUGUGUUGAGACACGGGG